AUGCUCACUCGUUCUCGCAAUGGGUUUUAUUGGUUAAGGGAGUUACGGAGAUGGGUAUUCAAGUUACGUUUGUCUGGGUGGUUUUGUGGUCUGUUAAUGUCAUCAAUUGAGUUGGGCCCGACACAGAAUAGAUAUGUCGGAUACACACAGAUAAUGGCUGAUGGUUCCAUUGGUGUACAGAUCUGUGCGAAUGAGUUAUCCAUGGAAAGAAAUAUGCAAUGCUCAUAUGCGUGGGUAGCAGGCCAAAUUUUGCAGAAUACCUCCAAGGUCUACUUGGGACCCGGUCGUCAACAAUACAUUGGAGAUUGGAUAUGGGCAUGCUACUGUACCACCUCCCCAAUACACGAUAUUCAUGAGAAGCUGAUGGAAUUUCAGUCUGCGAGAAGUAGCUAUUGUGAAGCUACAUCUGGCCACUGCAGAAAAACAUGUUUUGUGCCUUUGAAAGCGAUAAUGAACCUUGGUUUGGGGGUAGCAGAUGCAGUGGUAGUGGAUGCCUGUGUCUCUAUGAUGUUGGUUUCAGUAGACAUUAUCAAUGGGGAGAAAGAAGAUGCUUUGUGA